GGCAAAGGUGGAGUCAACGGUAUGCGUAACUGGCGGACAUCUUGCGUCGGAGGACUUCAAAGAUAUGCUCUUGGAACGGCCCCGACGCAAAAUGGCCGUGAGGUGACGACGCUCGUCCUCAUUGGCCCACAGCGCACAUUGGAUAUCCAGCUAUGAAUAUCGAUGGUCGUGAGGAGCUUUAAAAAAAAAAAAAAAAAAAAAAAAAAAAAAAGAGGAAAAUAAAGAUCAGAACUCAAAAAGCACCGCAACAAACCACCACGGCGCUCCAAAGGCGAGCAACCAGAUGUCAGCAAUUGAAGCCGGAGGGAAGACAGGACGGACGGACGGAGGAAAACCGAUUAGCCGCUAGAGAGCGGGUGGAAAAGUGAAAACAGAAGACGCAACGAGGAGGAAAAAGUGUUGUCGGUCCAACUUGGCGGAGGAACACGAAAAAGAACGCCGGGGCCCGGGAGGAUAUUUUUAGAUGCUCUGCUGGCUGGCCUUAACUUGGCCACCGAGAGGAAGUGGAAGCCCAGCGACGCGUCUGCAAAACACUCGCUUUGUCGCGUCCAUUUAGGUUUUUUACUUAAUUUUAUUAUUUUUGUUUUUUUUUUAAAUAAAAUUGGCUUUCUCGCGCUGAUGCCCACGGCGGACUGCCGGCUGCUCCAUCAUGGCCGGAUCAUGAGGUGCCUGAGCUGCCUGCUGCUGUUGCCCGACACCCUCAGAAAGUCCAAGAAGCUCGGCGGGCUUCCAGCGAAGCUCCCGGUGAGGCUCCCGCUGCCCCCGCCGCCGUCAUACGACAAGCAUAAGAAGAUGGCCGCGGAACUGUGCGCCGCCAACAACGGCAACCUGGCCAGCGGCACCACGGUGACGGACGCCGAGAAGGCGGCCAACAAGGAGGCGACGACGGCCGCCGUCAGUCAGGCCUCCGGCGGGGGAGGAGAGGACGGAGGAGGAGGACGGGAAGGUGAAGGCUACGCCGUCGAGGCCACCGGCCCGAGCGGGGACCAGCAAAACGUCAGCAACAACAACACCGCCGAGCCCCGCAGCUGGCAGGGCACCCACCCCACACUCCGGGAGAGGAACGCCUUGAUGUUCAACAACGAGUUAAUGGCAGACGUCCACUUCAUGGUGGGUCCCCCCGGAGGCUCGCAAAGGGUCCCGGCGCACAAGUACGUGCUGGCGGUGGGCAGUUCGGUUUUUUGCGCCAUGUUCUACGGCGACCUAGCUGAGGAGGAGGCCGACAUCCACAUCCCAGACGUGGAACCCGCCGCCUUCCUCAUUAUGCUCAAGUACAUGUACAGUGACGAGAUCGAGCUUGAGGCGGACACUGUGCUGGCCACCCUGUACGCAGCCAAGAAGUACAUCGUCCCAGCACUGGCCCGUGCCUGCGUCAACUUCCUAGAGACCAGUCUAGAGGCCAAGAACGCUUGCGUGCUGCUCUCUCAGAGCCGACUCUUCGAGGAACCCGAGCUGACGCAGCGAUGCUGGGAGGUCAUCGACGCCCAGGCCGAGCUAGCACUACGCUCCGAGGGGUUCUGCGAGAUCGACGUGCAGACACUGGAGAUCAUCCUGCACCGCGAGACUCUCAACGCCAAGGAGGCAGUGGUAUUCGAAGCAGUUGUCGCUUGGGCAGCUGCAGAGUGCCAGCGGAGAGGACUGGCACCCGCCUCCCGCAACUUGCGGCAGGUUCUGGGCAAGGCGCUUUUCCUGGUGCGCAUCCCCACAAUGAGCCUGGAAGAGUUCGCUGAUGGGGCGGCACAGUCUGAUGUCCUGACGCUUGAGGAGACGCGCGACGUCUUCCUGUGGUACACGGCGGCCAACAAGCCCCGUCUAGACUUCCCCGCUGAACCCCGGACGGGUCUGGCGCCGCAGCGCUGCCACCGCUUCCAGUCUUCGGCCUACCGCAGCAACCAGUGGCGCUACCGGGGACGCUGUGACAGCAUCCAGUUUGCUGUGGACAAGCGGGUCUUCAUCGCCGGCCUAGGCUUGUAUGGAUCCAGCGGCGGAAAGGCAGAGUACGGCGUCCGCAUAGAACUUAAGCGGCAGGGCGUCGUCCUUGCCCAGCGCCUCACCAAGUUCGUUUCAGACGGCUCCAGCGGGACCUUCCCCGUCUGGUUCGAGCACCCAGUCCAGAUCGAACCGGACGCCUUCUACACCGCCAGCGCCGUUCUGGACGGGAACGAGCUCAGUUACUUUGGACAAGAGGGCGUAACGGAGGUGCAGUGCGGGAGGGUCACCUUUCAGUUCCAGUGCUCCUCCGACAGCACCAAUGGUACCGGCGUGCAGGGGGGGCAGAUCCCAGAACUUGUUUUCUACGCCUGAUCAGACUUCGGGAAUUCCCGUUAUGUAGCGUCACAAACUCUGUACAAGACUCUUAUGAAACUCUUAUUUAAUUUAAGUUUAUGUUUUAUUUAAAUGCUGGCGUUGCUGAUAACACAACUGGAAUAAUCUCUGUUUCAAAAACAAGUCAAACCGCGACAACCGACUGGUCUCUUCUUGGUCAUUCUUGAAAAGUAGGGCUGCCUUCAUUCAUUCAGUCAUUGACUGCGAUAGCCAAACAAGAGUUGCUUUAAAAAAUCUAUUUUUACUGUGACCUCACAGUAACAUAGGCAUAUUACCAUAUACAACACUGAAACAAUAGAAAUACAUGGACAACCUUCAUGUUAUUCCAAAAUUUAACAUUGGCUGCCAUUAGCGGCUAUUGUCCUCCAAUCCAUUUAGACGGGGAGGGGCUAGUAGCAAUCGACUAAAACUGCCAGCUUUCCCAUUCUACUGGAUGAUAACGUUAGUAGCUAACAUCAUACAAUGAUCUCCACUGGACUACCUCUAAAAAACCUAAAGCACAGAUGGUCACAAAUAUCUACCGUUGUAACCACGUCUACUCUAGUUUGCGUCAAUGCAUUUUUCAAUUUCAUUGACGACAACAGACGUCCAAUCCAUUUAGACUGUGAGCGUUCAAUGAGAGCCUUAGAAAAAAACUUUAAAGAGUGGUGGUGGUGGGGGAGGCUACUUUCAUGAGAAAAUUCCAAAUCAUUGGAGAAUUGUCACAUGUUCUCCCAACCAAAAAGAGUGGUGGCCACAACUAAACUUUCCCGGCUUCCAACAACCUCUGUAACUGAGAAUCUCCACUGACAAGUUCUUGAUUUGCACUUGAGGAUAUGUCAUCAAAACCAUACACACAUCACAUAUUUAGAACUAGUCAGCCAUUCGGGAGUCGACAGCAUUCGCAACCGGUGGCCAUCUUAAAGCGGUGGACUUUUCUGGUGCAGCUUUGCAGCAAAACCAAAGGCGGGCAAUGUACUCCACUGAAAUGCUUUUAACUGGGUGAAAUCUUGAUGGGUUUUCAAAUGGUUUUGUUUAUAACAAACCAUAUUAAUGUGGCUAUGAUUCAGAGUCUAUAUAUGCAUAUGUGUGAUAUCCAUGGUCAAAACAGCUUGAUGCUGUGUGAAGGAGACAAGCGUUUAUGUAACCUAGAUGAUUUAAAAAAAAAAAAAAAAAAAAGUGACCACGUGAUCCUAAUCACGUUUCGGCUUUCUUUGGUGGGGAAACAGCAACUCCUAGUCACAGUCAAGUGAACUACAUCUCAAUUUUCCACUAAACUAAACCUAAAAAUUGUAAAAUGUUGGAUCAUUAACAAAUAUUUUUAAACCGUUAAUAUGGAAUUUUCUAAUAAUUGAUGAAAAUUCAAUGACAGCUAAUAAUCCAUUUGAACUAGGUAGGCCUGACAGUGAUCGCCAGCUGAAAUAAAUUUGAAGAAUGCCCAAAAUUACUAUAUAAAUGUGAAAUGAACCGUUUCUUGAAUGAUUUAAAACAAGUAAAAAAGAAAAUUGACGCACAAUUAUUUAAUAUAAGGAGUUCUACAGCCCACCACCCCACCACCAACAAAUUCACUACAUUUCACAACUAAUCGGUACAAACAAUAACCAUAGUAAUUGUAUACUUUAUGAUACUUUGAGCCAUUUCUAAGUUUUACCAUAUUGUGUUACUUAAGUUUGAUGCCUUUUUAGUUGCUAAGUAUUAGAUGAAAUUUUAACAAAAUCAAACAACAGGAUUAAAAGAUAAGAAUUGGGUAAAAAAAAAAUAUUGGGACUGCAAAGUCACGAUUUUACAUAUUAAGUCCAAAUAUUACUAGAAUUAUGAGAUUUCAUAAGAUCCAAAUAUUUUUUAUUACACUUUUUAACAAAAUGUAAGGCAAAAAUCACAUAAGAACAGGAUUAAAAUAUCUGAGAAUGAUGUAAAAAAAUAUAUAUAUGAUUUUACAAGCUAAAUUCAAAUAUUACCACAAUUUUAAGUUUACAAAAAAGUCUUCUGUCAAGAAUAAAGUCCUAAUAUUACUA